GGAGCGGCCGGGGAGGGGGCGCGGCGGGUCGCGCCAUGGGCUCGGUGACCGGCGGCGCCCUGAGCGAGGCCCGCGGCCGCCUUGGGCCGCAGCUCGUCCAAGGCAGUGCGGGCUGAGCGAGGGGGCCGCGGUGGCAGCCGCCGGGGGCUGCGGAGCCCCAGUGUCGCCAUUAGGGGCCUCUCGCACCUCUUUCGCAGCCCGGGCCUUGGCCGGAGGAGGGAAAACCUGUACGCGCGUUGGCCGUUUUCGCUUUCAAGUUCUCGACACUGCAGCCCUUUAAACGGGAGCAUAUACUUAUUUAAAGCAUGCAUCGCAAAACAACCAAAGUCUUGAAAACAUGAUUCCUGCAACUGUUGACACUGUCCUGAGUGCUCUAUAUUUAUGCUGCCACAGAAAGAACUGGUUACACUCGGAGAAGAAACACAGGAAACACUAAGGACUGAAAUGCACUUGCAGCUAAAGUAUCCUCAUCAUGAAUAGGUACACAACUAUCAGACAGCUUGGUGAUGGGACCUAUGGCUCUGUCCUCCUAGGGAGAAGCAUUGAAUCUGGAGAGUUAAUAGCCAUUAAAAAAAUGAAGAGAAAGUUUUAUUCCUGGGAAGAAUGCAUGAAUCUUCGAGAGGUUAAGUCUUUGAAGAAAUUAAACCAUGCCAAUGUAGUAAAGUUGAAAGAAGUUAUCAGGGAAAAUGAUCAUCUGUAUUUUGUGUUUGAGUACAUGAAGGAAAAUCUUUAUCAGCUAAUGAAAGAAAGAAACAAACUGUUUCCUGAGUCUACAGUUAGGAAUAUUAUGUAUCAGAUCCUGCAAGGGCUUGCGUUUAUCCAUAAGCAUGGGUUCUUUCACAGAGACUUGAAACCUGAAAAUCUCCUUUGCAUGGGACCAGAACUUGUGAAAAUAGCAGACUUUGGCUUAGCCCGAGAAAUCCGAUCUAGACCACCUUACACUGAUUAUGUAUCCACAAGAUGGUACAGGGCUCCUGAAGUUCUUCUGAGAUCCACCAGCUAUAGUUCCCCAAUAGAUAUUUGGGCUGUUGGCUGUAUUAUGGCAGAAGUUUACACACUAAGGCCUCUCUUCCCAGGCGCCAGUGAAAUUGAUACUAUAUUCAAAAUUUGCCAAGUUUUGGGGACACCAAAGAAGAACGACUGGCCUGAAGGCUACCAACUUUCAGCCUCCAUGAAUUUUCACUGGCCUCAAUGUGUACCUAACAACCUAAAAACCCUCAUACCUAAUGCUAGCAGUGAAGCGGUGCAGCUCAUGAGGGACAUGCUGCAGUGGGACCCCAAAAAGCGGCCGACAGCUAGUCAGGCACUUCGGUAUCCAUACUUCCAGGUCGGGCAUGCCCUGGGCAUUCAGGAACUGGGGAAACAAAAGGAACUGCAUAAUAAAUCGUCUUCGCAUAUUAAGCCUGUCCCUCCAGCCCAACCUCCUCCAAAACCUCACGCUCGCAUUUCAUCAAGGCCUUUUCAACAAAGCCAGCCCUCUCAGCACUUGGUGUACCUGCACAAGACAGACAACUCGGGGGUCGAGCACAGUAACUACCUACAGGAGGACAAGUCUAAACAGGUUCUUUUGCCAGCAAUUCACAAUAAGAUUCCUCAGCAGAAAACGUCUGCUGGGACUGAGAAUAUAAAUGGUGAACUUAAACCAAAGACUAGGCGAAGAUGGGGACAUCUUGCUAGAACAGCAAAGAAUUCUGAAGACUGGAAUGAUGUGGAUGACCUUGAUUUUAACUCUUCUGUCACAAGGGUGGACUUGAAAAACAAGAAGAGGCAGAGUGAUGAAACUCUUUGUAGAUUUGAAAGCAUUUUGGACCUGAGGCCUUUGGAUGCCAUAGGCUCUGGCAACAGUGCACCUUCCCACGCACCCUUUCCACGGCAGGACACUCCCACACUGCGAGUUUCUGCAGCAAAGCAGCACUACUUGAGGCAUUCCAGAUACCUACCUGGACUAAGCACAAGGAACAGCACGGUCCCUGCUUCAAACAAAGAGUCUGUUCCCUCUAACUCCUGGCCCAGUUCUGGUUUGCCUGGGAAAGCUUCCGGUUUGGAAGGAGAUAUUAACAGGAUGAAUUCAGGGCCCAUAGGAUCAAGCAAUCUAACUGGUGGUUAUAUCCCUUCAUUUCUGAAGAAGGAAGUAGGCUCUGCUGGGCAGAGGGUUCAGUUAGCACCAGUUGUGGAUCCAUCUUCUAAUUAUGCUUCUCUGAAGUCAGUAAGACCUCAUCUUGGACAGCCAUCUUUCAGUUCACCUACAAAAAGCACACCAAGGUUAAUGUCUUUCCCACCACCAGCUCAGCCAGUCCAUGGGCGUGUUGACUGGUCCGCAAAGUACGGUGCUCACCGGUGACACGUGGAAGCACUCUCCGAACCAGUGUGGUUUCCCCAGGAAGUGGUGGCUAACUAAGGAGACAAUUUGAUACUAUUUUAUAUACCUGUACAUUUAAAAGAGGGAGAUCUUCUAUGAAUGAGAGAUUUUGAGGGGGGGUUGUACUUUUAUUUGUAUUAAUUUGAAUGCAGUCUUGUACCUUUUUGUAUAAAGUGGUUUUGUUAUAUAAUUUGGUCCAGUUAUUUUCAUAGAUCUGAUACCUUUUGUAUAUAUGGCUUAGGGAGUUCGGCAUUUUUAUAUCAGAAAUUUUUAUAAUGAGCCUUUUUAAAAAUCUAACUUUUUGUUUAUCAGAUUCAACUUUUUUAUAAAAGUGAAUAAUAAAAAAAAGGCAAAAUGGUGCAAUAUUGCAAUGGAAGUGCUAAGGAAGGGGCAUUCAUUAGAGAUUUUCUGAUGGUUAUGUGCUAAAUGAGGCUGUGUAAUAUCGGCGAUGCCGCAUCUUCAUGCCGUGCUUUGGUUGUCCUGUACUCAUUUGCUUUGUACUGACAUCAAAGGAAUGAGUGACUAACAGCCUAAACUCUACUUUGCAGUCAUUGAGAGCCUGCUGGAAGUCAGUGACAGGCUUUUUUUCAUUAUUUAUUUUUGCCUUUAAAAGGUUUUUGUUGGACCAUUAUCCAGCUUUUCAGCUUCGUUCUUUUGCUUUCACCAAAUUUGGGGAAUCUUCUUGUUUAGUGCAGGGUAAAUACCCUUCCAUACAUCUGUUCUCUGACAUUGCUUUUUUGUCCUGCUUCAAAGUUGUUUCUUGGCGUUGUUUGUUAUGACAAAGAGUGAGGACCUACCUCUGUUAAAUUCUUUUAAAUGUUCUAAAGAGAAUCAGAUUCUAUUUCUUAUUUUGUUGUUGUGAAUAUAGAUCUGAAGAAAUACUUAAGAUGGUAUUAACAAUUAUAAAGCUGGUUUCACAGUAACAAAAUACUGAUACACCAACAGCAGAGUUGGAAGGAGACAGUAUCUAUGAAGUUGACUUACUUUUCACAACUGUUUUAAAUCACUUCUGGAAAAAAAACAAUGCAGAGGAAAUGAGUCAGUUUAAGACUGCCUUUAUUCUUCUUCACUUCAAUAGAUCU